AUGGCGGCGGCGGCGGUGCUGGAGUUCCAGCGCGCGCAGUCCCUGCUCUCCACCGACCGCGAGGCCUCCAUCGGCAUCCUGCACUCCAUAGUGAAACGCGAUGUCCAGGAAAACGAUGAAGAAGCGGUGCAAGUCAAAGAGCAGAGCAUCCUGGAACUGGGGUCGCUUCUGGCCAAGACUGGGCAGGCAGAAGAGCUGGGAGGACUUCUGAAGUACGUUCGACCCUUCUUGAACUCCAUCAGUAAAGCAAAGGCAGCCCGCUUAGUUCGAUCUCUGCUCGAUCUGUUCCUUGAUAUGGAGGCAGCAACAGGACAGGAGGUUGACCUGUGUUUAGAGUGUAUUGAAUGGGCCAAAUCAGAGAAGAGGACUUUCCUCCGCCAGGCUCUGGAGGCGAGGCUGGUCUCUUUGUACUUCGAUACCAAGAGGUACCAAGAAGCACUGCAGCUAGGCUCCCAGCUUCUUCGGGAAUUGAAAAAGAUGGACGACAAGGCAUUGCUGGUGGAAGUGCAGCUGUUAGAAAGUAAGACUUACCAUGCCCUGAGCAAUCUGCCAAAAGCAAGAGCAGCCUUAACCUCUGCACGGACUACAGCCAACGCAAUCUACUGUCCACCUAAGCUGCAAGCAGCGUUAGACAUGCAGUCAGGUAUCAUCCAUGCAGCAGAAGAGAAGGACUGGAAAACAGCCUAUUCAUAUUUUUACGAGGCGUUUGAGGGAUAUGAUUCAAUUGACAACCCAAAAGCCAUCACUGCGCUGAAAUACAUGUUGCUGUGCAAAAUCAUGCUGAACAUCCCAGAAGAUGUGCAAGCGUUAGUGAGUGGAAAGCUUGCUCUGCGGUAUGCAGGAAGACAGACAGAAGCACUAAAAUGUGUGGCACAGGCCAGUAAGAAUCGAUCGCUGGCAGAUUUUGAAAAGGCUCUGACAGACUACAAGGUAGAGCUCAGGGACGACCCCAUCAUAAACACUCACUUGGCUAAGCUCUAUGAUAACUUAUUGGAACAGAAUCUGAUCAGAGUCAUCGAACCCUUCUCCAGAGUACAGAUUGAACACAUAUCCAGCCUCAUCAAGCUCUCAAAGGCUGAGGUAGAAAGGAAACUGUCACAGAUGAUCUUGGACAAGAAAUUUCAUGGCAUCCUUGACCAAGGCGAGGGAGUCCUGAUCAUCUUCGACGAACCCCCCGUAGACAAAACUUACGAAGCUGCCCUCGAGACUAUUCAGAAUAUGAGUAAAGUAGUGGAUUCGCUCUACAACAAAGCCAAGAAGCUAACAUAGAGUUGAAUUUGCUAGCUGUCAUUUGGAGAGUGUGUGUGACAGGAGAGUGAAACCUUUGGGAAAAUGUUAGGAGACUUUUUUUUUCUUUGUUCUACUUUUCGCUCGGAAAGUUUUUAAACUUCCUCAUCCAGUGCAUCUUGUAUUCCAUACGAUGCGUGUUCCAGUUUCCAUGUAAUCUUUACUGGCCGAACUUUGUAUCUGGGGGGGGAAUAUUGUUUAAACAAAGAGGGUAUUCUAAAUAAAAGGAAAAAGGCUUACACUA